AUCACAAGCAAGUCUUCUAAAUAACUUCGUUGAAAAACCUCUAUAAGACUACAAUCGCUUCCUCCUCUCCUUCUACUCAUGGACCAACAAGGCCGGGAAUUGACAUUCUUCCACUCCGGAGAUUUUCUCCGGCAGAAUCCUGAUUUAUCUGAUCGCUCAACCGACAAUUCCGUCGAUCGGGGCAAGUCUAACGUCAAAGAAGUAGAUUUCUUCUCAAGCGAUAGGACUGAAAACUUGCCGCUUGAUCAAGAGAUGAAGGAUGGAUCAAAAUCAGCUAUUGUUGUUUCCGUGGUAAACGUAAGACUCGACUCAAUCUCCUCACUUCGAGCUCCGGAAUAUCAGAAACAGCAGAUGGAAAGAAAUCCAAUAAUGAAAUUGGAUAUUUGCUGGUAUUGGUUUCAUCUUUUACAGCUGAAGAAACUACAAGCCGAGUUGGAUAGACAACACGAUGACAACAAGAAGCUGAGAAGCAUGUUGGAUCAGAUUACCAAAAGCUAUAAGGAGCUGCAAGUUCAUCUACUCAUGGCAAUGCAAAAACAGGCACAAGGGAAUCGGGGAGAGCAGAAGGGAGAGCUGAAUGGCAUCGCAAGUUCCAUAAAGUCAGCCCAACAGUUUAUGAACCCACGCCCAUUUGCUGCAUUAGAUGUCAACAAUCCUUCAGCAUCUGUUGAUAAGGCACAGGAUCUGUCGUCGGCAUCUCCGACAAAUACUACUGAGUCUAUGUCUCAAAUUAAUCCAGGGAAACAAGUUUCGAAAGAGGCUGGUCUUGAUCAGACUUCUCAGAGUUGGGGAUCCCCCAAGAGUCCGAGGUUAGAACCAGGAAAGUGCGAGGAGCAAGUCCCUGAAGUCCCUUUCAGGAAAGCUAGAGUGUCUGUGCGAGCAAGAUCUGAGGCUCCUCUUAUUACUGAUGGAUGCCAGUGGAGGAAAUAUGGUCAAAAGAUGGCCAAGGGCAACCCUUGUCCUCGUGCAUACUAUCGUUGCACCAUGGCUGUUGGAUGCCCAGUUCGUAAGCAGGUGCAGAGAUGCGCUGAGGACAAGACCAUUCUAACUACAACAUAUGAAGGAAAUCACAACCACCCACUUCCACCAGCAGCUACGGGUAUGGCUAAUACUACAUCUGCUGCUGCGGCGAUGCUUCUAUCCGGCUCCACUGCAUCCAGAGAAGGCCUAACAUCGACUAGUAGCUUCUUCCCUUCUUUACCCUAUGCUUCCACAAUGGCUACCCUAUCUUCGUCUGCGCCAUUUCCCACCAUAACCCUCGAUUUGACACAGAGCCCCAACUCCGUACCUUUUCUGCGUGCUCCUCUAUCAACCACAUUUCCUCUUCCAUUACAUGGCUAUCCACAACUGUUAGGCCACCCUAUGUAUGUCCCUCCUAAGCUACCAGCAGCAGCAGCUGCAAUUCCAUCAGUGCAAUUACGGCAACGGCAUGCUUCAAUGGUUGAGACAGUGACCGCUGCCAUAGCUUCUGACCCAAAUUUCACUGCAGUGUUGGCGGCAGCCAUCUCCUCAGUUAUUGGUACACAGAGGAGCAACGAUGGAAGCAGCAGCAACGUUAGUGCUCCUAACGGGGGAGUAUCCGGGUUGCCUGGUUCCCCACAAUUUCCUCAAUCUUGCACCACUUUCUCCACCAACUAGGGUUACUGAUAUCUUGCGCUCUGGAUUGAAGCUAUUAGAGGAUAACGGUGGAUCUUUGGUAGGAGAGUGGAUGAUAUAUGGGUGCAAAGUGGUCAUAGGGAUAAAUCUUGGCAUGCUUAAGCGCUAAAACUAAUAAAAAGAAAUUACUAUGAUUCCUUUGUAGAUGAUACAUAUCUGAUAUAAUCUAUUUAAUUUUAACGCACAUAGAUUUUACUAGUGUAAUAAUUACUCAGCAUAGUAAGCUUUUGAAAGCUUAAGAAUGAAGUAUGCAGUGCGAAUGUAAUGUAUUUGGCAAAAGAAUAAUACAUAAGGCAGAUGUAAUCAUAAAGUUCCAUCAAGA